UGGGGAAUACCCUUAAGUAACAAACACAAAUUAAAUAAAAUUUGUGAACGUCAACUAAAUUAAAUAUUUUCAAAUUGUGUUUUUUGUUCAGAAUUGAGUAAUUGAUUGUGUAUAUUUGUUGCAUAUUUUAGUUAGACAAUAUUUUAAAUGAGAAUGACUACAAUGAAAUUUCGUCAACUUAUUGACAUGGCAAUUGGUUUUCCUGAACCAGGUCACGUCAAUUUUUCAGCUCUCCAUUGUUUGCUCACUUGUAUAGCUGAAAAAUUAGGAAUUACUGAUGAAAUGAUAGAAUAUUGCAACAAUGAAACUGAAACUGUUUGUUUCUGCAAUAAAGCAUCAAAUUAUGAGUUGUUACAAAAACCUAGACUACUUGGUGGUACAAACCCCAAUGAAGAAAAAUCGAAUAGUGAACAAAAAGAACUUUCGACUGAAUCAAAUGCAGCAACAUUAAAUGAAUCUCUGAUGUCGGAAGAGAUUCCAAUAGUUUCUGAAACUCUGCCAAAGAAUACAGAAGAACAAAUAUCUGGGCAAAAACAUGUUAUAGAGGUACUAAGUCCAACAAAUUCAAAAACCUCUAUCAAAUCUCUCCCAAAACCUAUUACAUCCCAGUUGUCGGUGCAUAAACUAAAAGAACGCAUUUCUAAAAUAGAAAUGACAAUGCAACAAAUUUCUUUGUCAAAAGAAUUUACAUUGGGAAUCGCAAUAAUGAAGGAUCAACUUGAAUUUGUAAUGGAACAGUUAUUGCUUUUAACAUUCCUUACUUUAAGUAAAAAGCCCGACUUUCAUCAAAUUCAAAAACUGCAUUCAAUGGCUCAAACACUGCGAGAAUUUAAGAAAGAAAACGUAUAUAUCGAUGGGUCUAAUAGAAUACAAUUUCCUUCAGUACAAUCUCUAAAUUGGCAAUCUUCAGGUCUACAACUGAACGAAGUUUUAUCAGAAAAUGAUUUAUUAGAGGCUCAAAAUAUUGGCUUCCAACCUGAUGCUAUUAUUGCACAAACUGCAACCUUUCAAGAUGAACUUAAUGGUCAUCUAUGUUAUUCUCCCGAAAAGCUUCUCGAUCAACUGAUGGAACUAAAAAGCGAAUUUUGCCUUCUGACGAACAAAGUAAAUGAAGUUUCUUCGCGUUUAUUACAACAAGAGAGUCAACGUACAUUUUCUCUUAUCUCUGAAAUUCAAGAACAAAUGCGAGACCAUAAGAUCACAACAAUUAACUUAAAAGAAACCCAAAGUCGCAUAGAGGCACGUAUUUCAAACAAUCAGAACAGCAUUGAGAAUAUGAAAAAAAUCAUUGAAGAUGUAAUGGUUGAGAAAGUAGAUAAAACUGAAUUGGAAAUUCAAUUAGCCAACAAAGUUGACUACGAUCAACUUAAGAGAAAGGCAUCUCUGGAUCAAUUACAAGAAUUACACUGCCGGGUUGACAAUCAAAUUUCUGAGAUAUUGCGUCAAAUAAAUGAAAACGAAAAACAAUUCUCAAAGACAGUUGACAAUUUAAAUGACACCUUAGGAUUUGCUUCCAUUGAGGGAAUUUUGAAAACAUUUAAAGAAAAUAUUACCAAGGAUGUCCAAGAACUACAUACCCUGCUUAAAAACUAUAUCGAUUCGACAAAUGAUGAUUGCGCUGCAGCUGGAGCUCGCAUUAAAGUUCUACAGGAUCUCGCAUGUCUUUCAUGUGACACUAAUUGCAUAAUGCGUACGAUGGAAAAAGCAAAAGUGGCAAAAUUACCCAGCGCACAUGCAUCAAAUAUUUUAAGUCCACUUAUAACUUAUGAGCUAGGCUCUAUACGAAAAUCCGGUAUAAUCGGUUACUAUCGCAAAGAUGAUUUUCCCCAUUCAACAAAUGCUUGGCUAGAACGUCAGUCGAAUGGCAUGACUGAUCUAAAACAAUGCAUUCCACGACAUGCUGGCGGAGAGCACACCACAUAUAAUGCCAAAGAACGUGUUAAAAAGAUGAUGUCAUAUAGAAAAUAGUCACUAAUUAUGUUUUUAAAUUCACAUUUCCGUUGCAUUUUUAGUUAAAUAGAAGAGUUUUUAUGGGAAAUUUGAAUUUUUUUCAAGUUCAUCUAGUGACAAAUAUUAUUGGGACGUCACUAAAUUUUUAAUUUGUUUUUUAUUAUAUAAAUAUUUAUAAUACAAAUUUUCUUCCGAAAAAAAUGUAAAAAUCAAUGACCUUACUACGAGGAUUACCUAAAGCAAAUUUUUGGAAAACAUGGUUCAAAACAAAAAGAAAGAAAACAAAAGAAAGAACUUAAGAAAAACUUUACAUAAAUAUUGGUUAUUCACAAGACUGGCAUAAUCCAAAACAACACGUUUGAAGAAAAAACUUCUUUAUAUGUUUGAAAAUACAUUAUCAAGUACAUUAAAAUUAUAUAAAAGAAGGGGGUCCAUAUUUUUUAAUACAUAUUUCAACAAAAAAUAUUUUUGACUUUUCCCAGUUUUAACUAAUUAACACCAAUAGUUCCCUUGAAAUUAGAAUUCCCGAGAAUUGUUUAAACAAUUUUAAAAUAAAGGCCAAGCCCUCUAGAUAUUGGGGCAAUGAGGCGCAAUAUGAAUGAAUUGCUUAAUCACAACUUGACGACUUGAUAAAAAUCUCUGAAUGAGGUCGUGAUAACAGAGUCGAUUUUAACGCCUGCAAGACACAUUUUUUUAACACAUAAACGUUUGCAGAUAUUGUUGUUCCAUCAAGUGUCUCUGUUUUUUGGAACGGUGGCAUACUCCACUCCAUUUGAUCUCCUUACUAUUUACACCACUUAUAUUUGACCGAAAAUGGAAUACAAGUCUCAUAUAAGGGCCGAAGCUUAGAAUUCUAUUUUGGAGCUUCUCGACCGCGUACAAGUGAGCGCGAAAGUACAUAUCGGUAACAGCAGGGUAUCGAACUCUAUUGAUUCACUAGAACACCAUCGCAACGUGGGUCUAUUUCACUGUUCUAUCGAUACUACAAUGGAAUGUGUUCCUUUGGAAUUAGGGAACUUUCCGAUACCCGUAUAUUCUUGCUUAACACACGUCUUUCUUCAAGAAAAUACCCAUUUGUGGUAGAUUGGCUAGUAGAGCGCACAACUCACAGGGAAAAUUCAUUCAUUAGCCGCACUGUUCGUGAGUGAACUAAACUCCUGCAGAGGUACUACAUCCCACUUUCGAUAUAGGAAGAUUUAAAUCAAAUGUCCACAAACUCUACUAAUUCCUAGUUCCAAUACAAUGUUUCGCAUAAGUUACUUAAAA